AUGCCGACGCCCGGGAACGCAUAUCGCCAAUUCACCGGCGUUGUCGUGUCGGCCGGCAAGAUGAUGAGGACGGUGAAGGUGCGCAUACCGGGUCAGAAAUGGGACAAGCACAUCCGCAAGGACUUUCCUGCGCCUUACCACGUCCUCGUUUCGGAUCCUACCGAAUCCGCCAGGGAAGGAGAUGUUGUCACUCUGCGGAACGGGUGGAGGACAUCAAAACAGGUGCACCAUGUCGUCACGAGCAUUGUGGCUCCGUUCGGGCCCGCGAUUUCCGAACGACCACCCAUACCGACCGAGCAAGAGCGGCAGCAGCAGCUCCUCCGGGCGCAGCUAGAGAAGGACCUCAGAAAGGCGGCAUCGGGCAGGAGUGUGUCAAAACAGCGCAUUCGGGAGAUUGCUCGGGAUGAGACGCGGUUGCAGGAGCUUCCGGAGAGCCUUGUGGCGGCCAUAAUGGAGACCGGAGGGCCUCGCCCCGCCGAGAGAGGUGAAGAGCAGACGCAGAUGCCUCCGAUCAACGUUCGGGCAGGGCAGAACGUGGCCGCCGCCGCGAAGUACACGGAAAAGGGUCUCGAGAACGAGAAGCAAUUGGAGCAAGUUCAAAAGGCGGCCGGAUCCGUGGCCGAGGACGUAGCGAGAGGCGGCAAGGCCAUCUAG